AGUGUGUGGCAAUUUUAGUCAUUUGUAAGAUAUAGUGCUUGACUGUGAUGGUAUUUCAUUUUUAUCUCAUUAUCACAUGGAACUUCAGUAACUGUUUUAACUCUUGCAUGUGCACAGAUCCAUGUCUGGUCGUGUUGUGCCAGUGUUUUAUAUACUGCUGCAUGUCUGAAAGUGAAGCUGCAAUGUUGCAGUGUGGAAAAUAAUCCAAUCAGAGUGUGGGAAAGCGUAAUCCGGUCUAAUCCCAGCACAGCCAUGAAGAACAGAGAUCAUUCAGGCACAUGAAGAAGAGUUUCCCAGAGGGUUUCCCUAAGAGAUUUCAGCAGUCCAACAGCUGCCACCUGGCUGUUUCUACGGCAACUGACCAGACCACCUUCAGCAAGCACACCUGAGAGAAGGAGAGCGGGGGAGACAAGAUAAUACAGACUCUGUCAGGAUGGGCUACGAUCUAGAACGUUUUGUAGGCUAUGUGAACGAGGGUCUGCUGUGCUGUGUGUGUCGGGACGUGUUAGAAGAUCCUUUGCAGGCUCCGUGUGAACAUGCCUUCUGCAGCUCCUGCAUUCAUGGAUGGCUCAUCCACCAUAACAACUGUCCAGAGGACCGCAUGCCUUUAGACAUCACACAUCUACGCCCACUAUUCAGAUACAUGAGGAAUGAUUUAGCAAGGCUGCAGGUGAGGUGUGUGUUUCGGCCACAAGGUUGUGAGGUCAUAUGUGCUCUGGAGUCUGUUCAUCGGCAUGAGGAACAGUGUGAUUACGCUUUGCUGAACUGCAGUAAUGCAGGCUGCCCGGUUCAGGUGUCGAGACGCUCUCUGGAAGCUCAUCUGUGUGUGCGCGAAUACAGCAGUAGAGUUUGCGCAAGCGGAUGUGGAUACACAAUCAUGAACACAGAGGAGGCCCAACACAACUGUGUAUCGGAGUUACGAGCUGAGCUGGACAUGCUCAGGGCAGAAUUAGACUGCAAAGUUGAAGAGGUAAGGCAUGAAAUUGAAUCUCGCUUGGAUUCCCAAAGACGACACAUGGUGCAGAAGGAGAGUCUGCUGAGGAGUGAAGUGGACGAACUGAAGGGCCAGCUGUCCCGCGUCAUGUCAGAUGUCCACGUUCUGCUGGGUGCAGAGAGAGCACGCAGACAAGAGCUGGAGAGGGCAGAGCUUGAGAAGGCGGAGCUUCUCGAACUUUUAAAAAAGGAGGGGCUCAGACCAGCCACACCCUCUGAAGCAGCACCGCCCCCUGCUGAGGUGCAGAGAAAGCCGAGCCCAAGAAGCCUAGCUUUGGACUGCAUCAAAAGGAAGAAUAGAGAGGUGACAGUCAUCCGAGGACAUUGGCAGAACAGCAAGGAAUAGGGAAUGUCACAUUAUGCUAAUAGAAAACCACUACCUGGAACUAAUCAUCUGAACGAAGCCCCAUUGUUGUUGUUCCUCUGGGUAAACUGAAUGAUUGAUAUGAGAUUGGCUAUGUUCUUUGAUUUAACUUAAGCAAAUGGUGUAGUUAAACAAGACCUUUUUACAA